AUGGCCAACAAUAUCUUCACAGCAAUCAUUGACUCUAUACUUCCAACCAAACCUCAACCUGUAGUACCAGAUCAACAACUAUUAAAAGCCAUGGAUAUCUCAUUCUUAGCUCUCAUCCUUACUCUCAUCGGUUUAGCAUUCAUCACUUCAGCAAAUCCACAUGUGAUAGCUCUAAUCCUAGUAGCCAUUUGUCUUUGGUUGAGUAUCAGAUGGUUUGUUGCUGAAUUAUCUAGAUAUCAUCAAAUUAAUAAACCAAUCGAAAUCUCUUCUGAUCAACUUAUGAACCCAUCAAAUCUCAACUCAGAAACAUCACAAAAACUCAAAUCUAAAUCAGAGUGA